CUCGCCCCGUCUCCGCAGACAACUCUUCCCCUCUGGUUGGUCGGCGGUGAAGUCUGUGGCGAGACCUGACCCAAUGGGCGCUAGAGUUCGCAGAUCGUGGCCCGGAAGUUGAUCCUGAGCCUGCGCCGUUGGCUGUGGACGCCUAAGCGCGCUGGGACUUCCGGCGUGAAGCCGAGCGCCUAGGCUUGCGUGAGUCGGAGACGAGAGUCAAAGCGCGGUGUUCAGCUCCUGCUGUGGGGUGGUCUUGCCGGUUCCUGGACAGGGGGCCGGCGCGACGGCGCCCGUGAUCGGCUGAGGCCAAGGCACCGGAGCCGGCUGCGCCCGGGCUGAGGCUGGGCUCCGCGGGGCCCGGGAAGCCUUCUCGGGCGGGUGCAGCUGGUUUCGGGGCCAAGGUGCUCCGGAGGGGCCUGAGGAUGGCGUCGGGCCCGGGCUCCCAAGACCGGGAAGGGCUCCUGAUAGUGAAACUGGAGGAGGACUGCGCCUGGAGCCAGGAGCUGCCGCCGCCAGAUCCGGGGCCGAGUCCUGAGGCCUCCCACUUACGCUUCAGAAGGUUCCGCUUCCAAGAGGCCGCCGGGCCCCGGGAAGCCCUCAGCCGGCUCCAGGAGCUUUGCCAUGAGUGGCUCCGGCCGGAGCUGCGCACAAAGGAGCAAAUCCUGGAGCUGCUGGUGCUGGAGCAGUUCCUGACCAUCCUGCCCCAGGAGAUCCAGAGCAGGGUGCAGGAGCUGCAUCCGGAGAGCGGCGAGGAAGCGGUCACCCUUGUGGAGGGCAUGCAGAGAGAGCUUGGGAGACUGAGACUUCAGGUCACAAACCAUAGGCGGGGAACAGAAGUGCUCUUGGAGGAGCCUUUGCCUCUGGAAACAGCACGAGAGUCACCGAGCUUCAAGCUGGAGCCAAUGGAGACUGAGCGAAGCCCUGGCCCCAGGCUGCAGGAGCUGCUAGGCCCCAGCCCCAAAAGGGACCCCCAGGCUGUAAAGGAGAGGGCAUUGUCUGCUCCCUGGCUUUCUCUCUUUCCUGCUGAAGGAAACAUGGAAGACAAGGAAAUGACUGGGCCCCAGUUGCCUGAGAGCUUAGAGGACGUGGCUAUGUACAUCUCCCAGGAGGAGUGGGGGCAUCAGGAUCCUAGUAAGAGGGCCCUCUCCAGGGACACGGUGCAGGAGAGUUAUGAGAAUGUGGACUCACUGGAGGCUCAGGUUCCCAGUCGGGAGGCCCUAAGUACCCAGGUGGAACAAGGAGGAAAGCCAUGGGAUCCCAGUGUUCAGACUUGCAAGGAAGGCCUGAGUCCCAGAGGCCCAGCUCCAGGAGAAGAGAAGUUUGAGAACCAGGAAGAAAGUGCUCAGUCCCUUUCCCCCGAGAGCGCCCACCCGCAGGCGCUGCUGCCUGGCCAGGCCAGAGGGGAGGUGCCCUGGAGUCCUGAGCAGGGAAGGCCUCGGGACAGGGCAGAAGGGCACUGGGAGCCUCCCCCAGAGGAAGGGAUGGAGCCGUCCUUAGUGGGGGCCACAAGUUGCAGAGAACAGGGGCGACCGAAGGAAUCGCAGCCGAAGAAGCUCCACUUAUGUCCCUUGUGUGGCAAAAAUUUCUCUAACAACUCGAACCUAAUUAGGCACCAGAGAAUACAUGCGGCGGAGAGACUGUGUGUGGGUGUGGAGUGUGGCGAAAUCUUUGGUGGGAACCCACACUUUCUGUCACUACACAGAGCACACUUGGGAGAGGAGGCGCAUAAGUGCCUGGAAUGUGGAAAGAGCUUCAGUCAGAAUACCCACCUGACUCGCCAUCAGCGCACCCACACGGGGGAGAAACCCUACCAAUGUAACGUAUGCGGAAAAAGCUUCUCUUGCAACUCAAACCUUCACAGGCACCAGAGGACGCACACAGGCGAGAAGCCCUACAAGUGCCCCGAGUGUGGGGAGAUCUUUGCUCAUAGUUCCAACCUCCUUAGGCACCAAAGGAUCCACACGGGGGAGAGACCUUAUAAGUGUGCCGAGUGUGGGAAAAGUUUCUCCCGCAGUUCGCACCUCGUCAUACAUGAAAGAACUCACGAGAAAGAGAGGCUUUACCCCUUCUCGGAGUGUGGGGAAGCAGUGAGUGGCAGCACCCUCUUUCUUAGCAACCAUGGAACCCACAAGGCAGAGAAAAAACUCUUCGAAUGUUUGACCUGUGGGAAAAGCUUCCGGCAGGGCAUGCACCUCACCAGACAUCAGAGAACACACACGGGGGAGAAGCCGUAUAAGUGUAACCUUUGCGGGGAAAACUUCUCUCAUAGAUCCAACUUAAUCAGGCACCAGAGAAUUCACACGGGAGAGAAACCCUAUACCUGUCAUGAGUGUGGAGACAGUUUUUCUCACAGCUCCAAUCGCAUUCGUCACCUGAGAACCCAUACGGGAGAGAGACCCUAUAAAUGUUCUGAAUGUGGAGAGAGCUUUUCUCGGAGUUCACGCCUUAUGAGUCACCAGAGAACUCACACGGGAUAGAAACAGCGGCAUUUCUUUCUGGCCCAGAGAAGGUGGCCUACUCAGAGGGUCCUGUUAAGAGCUGGUAUUCUUUGCCCAGCCGACCAAAUCAUCUGUUUUUAAGGUAAUUACUAUAAAGAGGAUCAAGGUGGGGGUCACUGUGAGGGAGGUGCAGGGGCAGCAAAGGCUUAGCAUAGAACUAGAAUGCAAUUCUGUCCGAACUCCUGAGGGUGUCAAGUCUUUGAGGUGACCUGCUCCGGACAGAGUCCUCUGUGAAGUCUCAUGUCCCAGGGCACACUGACUGCCUUGGUAUACUUAGGUUGUGACUUGGGUGCCUUACCGUGUCCAUUGUCCGUCCCGGCAACUUUGGGGAUCCAUGUGAUUUUCUGAUGCUGCUUCCUCACUUGGAAUGUUCAGCAGGGGCAUUUGGGCUCCUGAGGCCCUUGGGACAAAAGAAGGGCGGAGUGUUCUGGAAACCAGCUCAAGGCAACAGAAGACUGGUUGGUGAGUUGCGGCUCCCUAAGAGCCCUGGCUGGGAAGCCGUGGGCAGUCCGGGGCCGUCACCACAGCGCCUCUCUGACCGGAGUGCCCUCGCCCAGGCCAGGCAUGUAAACGUCACCUCAGGCAAAAAGGAACCAGAGACCUGAGGGAGGUGGUGAGAAGGAGUUCGCAGUUCGGCACAGGUGUCGGCAGAGGAAGCCAGACUGUGGAUUAGUUCACCCUUGCAGAGAUUAAGACUCAGUCCCCCCUCUGUCCAAGAAAGAAACAGAGCUCUGGAGUCUUCAGAGGGUUCCACGAAAGAUGGGUUCCCUGGGAGGCUUUGCAAGUGUGGAUCCUGGGGAGAUUAGGGAUCUUGCUUUUCCUUGUUGAAAAUAUGUUUGGACGGUAAUAAAUGUCUUCAGGAAAUAA